CAGCUGUCAACCCUCGGCUUUCGAACUCUGCCUUGUUUCCGGCUGUCAACACUAGAUUCGUUCUCUUUUCUCGUGUAGUCGUCGCAGAGUGCGGAUAGCUGUAGCAAAAUGACUUCCAAAGUGUCGAAAGACAUUCUCUACGAAUGCGUCAACGAGGUGUUGAAGGGUGCCAAAAAGAACCACCGUCGCUUCCUGCAAACGGUGGAACUCCAGAUUGGACUGAAGAACUACGAUCCCCAAAAGGACAAGCGUUUCUCCGGCACAGUCAAGCUAAAGUACAUUCCACGCCCCAAGAUGCAGGUUUGUGUUCUUGGUGAUCAACAGCACUGCGACGAAGCAAAAGCUAAUGACAUCCCAUACAUGGAUGCCGAGGCGCUAAAGAAGCUGAACAAAAACAAAAAACUUGUGAAGAAGCUGGCUAAGAAGUACGAUGCCUUCCUGGCAUCCGAAUCGCUGAUCAAGCAGAUUCCCCGUCUGCUCGGUCCGGGUCUGAACAAGGCCGGCAAGUUCCCCGGUCUGUUAGCGCACAGCGAAUCGAUGACGCAGAAGAUCGACGAGGUCAAGGCCACCAUCAAGUUCCAGAUGAAGAAGGUCCUGUGCCUGUCGGUUGCCGUUGGGCACGUCAAGAUGACUCCGGACGAGCUGGCUCAGAACGUACAUCUGUCGAUCAAUUUCCUGGUGUCGCUGCUGAAGAAGCACUGGCAGAACGUUCGCUCGCUGCACAUCAAAUCGUCGAUGGGAAGUGCUCAGCGGCUGUACUAAAAGCAGCAGGCAUUUUUGUACGUACAAUCGUUACAAAUUUGAAUCAUUAUUGGUAGAAAACUUCUGCACCAGGGAAAGUAAUAAAACCUUUCUGCUGAAGUGAA